AUGGCUGCAUCAAGUAUACGCUUUGGUCCUGGCUGCACAAAAGAAGUUGGCAUGGACUUCAAGAACAUGGGCAGUAAACGCGUCAUGGUGGUGACGGAUCCGAAUGUGAGGAAGCUAGACGCCAUGAAGCAAGUCGUUGAAGGAUUGGAGAGAGAAGGCGUGCAGUAUGAAAUAUAUGACAAAGUACGAGUCGAGCCCAAAGACCAUUCCAUCAAGGAAGCCAUCGCCUAUGCUCGACCAUGGAAGCCCGACGCCUACCUCGCCGUCGGAGGCGGCAGCGUCAUCGACACCGCCAAAUUGAUGAACCUGUAUACUUCGUUCCCCGAAGCCGAUUUCCUCGACUUUGUGAAUGCACCCCUCGGCAAGGGAAUGCCCAUCCCCGGAAAACUCUUCCCCCUCGUCGCUGUCCCCACAACAGCAGGAACUGGCUCCGAAACAACCGGUACCGCCAUCUUCGACCUUGUUUCCAAGCGUGCGAAAACCGGAAUCGCUCAUCGGAACUUGAAGCCUACGCUGGGCAUAGUCGACCCUUUGAACACACGCACCAUGCCCUCUGCUGUCCACGCAUCCUCUGGCCUAGACGUCCUAUGCCACUCCCUCGAAUCCUGGACCGCGAUCCCAUACUACGAGCGCACGCCGCGUCCCACUAACCCCAUCAAUCGUCCAGCUUACCAAGGCGCGAAUCCCAUCUCCGACAUCUUCUCGCUAAAAGCGCUCAAGGACACCGUCAAGUACCUUCCUCGCGCCGUCAAGAACCCGGACGACCACGAAGCGCAGGCCCAAAUGCUACUAGCUGCGACGCUCGCUGGAGUGGGAUUUGGAAAUGCGGGCGUCCAUCUCUGUCAUGGCAUGUCGUAUCCCAUCUCAGGCCAGAAUCCGGGGUACAAACAUGCCGGAUACGACGUCGAUCACACCAUCAUCCCGCACGGCGUAUCGGUCGCCGUAACCGCACCCGCAGUGUUUAAGUUCACUGCCGCGUCGAACCCGGAACGUCACUUAGCCGCCGCCGAAGCGUUUGGCGUAGACAUUUCGAACGUGAAGAAGGAGAGCGCGGGAGAAGUGUUGAGCGAGGCGCUGGCGGAGUUCUUGAUCAAGUUGGGUGAUCAGCCGAGGGGGUUGAAGGCGCUUGGGUUUGGUGCGGGGGAUUUGGAUGGGUUGGUGGAAGGCACGAUUCCGCAGGCGAGGGUGUUGAUGCUUGCGCCGACGUUGGAGACGGAGGAUUUGGAGGUGGAGAGGCAGCAGCUGAGGACGCUGUUUGAGGAGUCGAUGGAGUACUGA